AAAACAGUGUCUUAGACAGAGAUGAGGAGUGCACCAGACUACCACCAUUCUUACACGUUCGUCUUCAUCUUCUUAGUCUUAAUUCUGUUUCCUGCUUUCUGUAUCUCUGCCAACACUUUGUCGGCUACAGAAUCUCUCACUAUCUCAAACAACAAAACCAUUAUAUCUCCUAGUGAAAUCUUUGAGCUAGGUUUCUUCAAUCUCGCACCAACUUCUCGUUGGUAUCUCGGGAUUUGGUACAAGAGAAUCCCUGUAAGAACGUACGUAUGGAUUGCGAACAGAGACGAUCCUCUGUCUAGUUCCAUUGGAACUUUCAAAAUCUCUGACAAUAAUCUCGUCAUUUUCGAUCAAUCCGAUACACCUGCUUGGUCGACGAAUUCAACCGGAGGGGAUGUGGGAUUCCCAGUGGUUGCAGAGCUUCUUGAUAACGGGAAUCUUGUGCUCAGAGACUCCAAUAAUCCAGAUAGAUUUUUGUGGCAGAGUUUUGAUUUUCCGACAGAUACUUUACUUCCGGAGAUGAAAUUAGGGUGGGAUAAAAAAACCGGAUUCAACAGAUUCUUAAGAUCUCGGCAAACUCCUGAUGAUCCGUCAAGUGGCGAUUUCUCGACUAAAGUCGAAACCAGAGGAUUCCCUGACGUUUACGUAUAUAAUAGAGAGUCGAUAACGUACCGGAGCGGUCCGUGGAAUGGAAUCCGGUUUAGCGGCACACCAGAGGUGAAACCAAUUGAUUACUUAGUUUUCAAUUUCACAGCGAGUAAUGAAGAAGUGACUUACUCAUACCGAAUAACAAAAACCAACGUUUACUCGAGGCUAAUCCUCAGCUCCGCGGGAUUAUUACAACGAUUCACUUGGAUUGAGACAGCACAGAAUUGGAAACUAUUAUGGUUCCCGUCAAAGGAUCUAUGCAAUAACUACAAAGAGUGUGGGAAUUAUAGUUAUUGCGAUUCUAACACUUCACCGGUUUGUAAUUGUAUCAAAGGGUUUAAGCCAAUGAAUGAGAAAGCCUGGGCGUUGAGAGAUGAUUCCACUGGUUGCGUGAGGAAGACGAGGUUGAGUUGUGACGGUAGCGAUGGGUUUUUGCGGUUGAAAAAUAUGAAAUUGCCGGAUACUACAGCAACAGCUGUGGACAGAGGAAUUGGGGUGAAAGAAUGUGAAGAGAGGUGUCUGAAAGAUUGUAAUUGCACGGCAUUUGCUAAUACGGAUAUCCGUAAUGGCGGGUCGGGUUGUGUGAUUUGGACCGGAGAUAUUUUGGAUAGCCGAAAUUAUGCUAAGGGAGGUCAGGAUCUUUACGUUAGACUAGCAGCUGCUGAUCUCGAGGACAAGAGAGCCAAAAAUAUAAAAAUCAUAGGUUCAUGUAUCGGAGUGAGCAUUUUGCUUCUUUUAAGUUUCAUCAUCUUCAGCUUUUGGCAAAGGAAUUACAAGCGAUCAAUAACAAUUCAAACACCUAUUGUUGAUCAAGUGAGAAGCCCAGAUUCGCUAAUGAACGAAUUGGUCAUACCAAGCAGGAAAUACAAAUCCAGAGAAAACAAAACAGAAGAUCUAGAGCUUCCAUUGAUUGAGUUUGAAGCUGUUUCCAUGGCAACAAACAAUUUUUCAAAUGUCAACAAGCUUGGACAAGGUGGUUUCGGUAUUGUUUACAAGGGAAGGUUACUUGACGGGAAAGAAAUCGCGGUGAAGAGACUAUCAAAAAUGUCUUUACAAGGGACCGAUGAGUUCACGAACGAGGUUAGACUAAUUGCAAGGCUUCAGCACAUAAACCUUGUCCGACUACUUGGUUGUUGCGUCGAUAAGGGCGAGAAGAUGCUGAUCUAUGAAUACUUGGAGAAUCUAAGCCUUGAUUCUCAUCUCUUUGACAAAACUCGACGCUCUAACUUAAAUUGGCAAAUGAGAUUUGAGAUUGCCAAUGGUAUUGCUAGAGGACUUCUAUAUCUUCACCAAGAUUCCCGUUUUAGGAUUAUCCAUAGGGAUCUGAAAGUAAGUAACAUCCUGCUGGAUAAAAAUAUGACUCCAAAGAUCUCGGAUUUUGGGAUGGCCAGGAUAUUUGGACGGGAUGAAACAGAAGCUAAUACGAGGAGGGUGGUGGGAACUUACGGCUACAUGUCUCCAGAAUAUGCAAUGAAUGGGACAUUCUCGGUGAAGUCGGAUGUUUUCAGCUUUGGGGUCUUGCUUCUUGAGAUUAUAAGUGGCAAGAGGAGUACAGGAUUCUUCAACUCAACUGGUGACUUUAGUCUUCUCGGUUGUGUGUGGAGGAAUUGGAAGGAAGGAAAAGGGCUAGAUAUCGUAGAUCCAAUCAUCAUAGAAUCUUCAUCAUCAACGGUCCGAACACAUGAAGUAUUAAGAUGUAUACAAAUUGGUCUAUUGUGUGUUCAAGAACGUCCUGAGGAUAGACCAGUGAUGUCGUCAGUAAUGGUGAUGCUUGGAAGCGAAACUACACCUAUUCCUCAGCCUAAACGGCCCGGAUUUUGCAUCGGCAGAAGUCCUCUCGAGACUGAGGCAAGUAAACAACACGGCGAUGAAUGGACAGUUAACCAAAUCACUCUCUCGGUCAUUGACGCUCGGUAAUUGGAAGCUCAUUUUUUAUAUGCAUGUUAUUUUCAAUAUAAGUUUUAAUGGCCACAUGAUUUGAUCACUUUCUCUAUGUAAUUUAACCAGGUAAUGUAAUUUAUUUAGAAAAAGACGCAGAAGUUUGAAACAUUACAUUCCCAUGUUGAUUUUGUUUUCUAUUUUUGGUCACCUACUAUGUAAA